GUGGUGCCGCUUGGGUGUUUUUUGUUGCUGUUUCUGCUGCCGUUGCCAUGGCAACCGCGCUCUGCCCCCUCCGCGCUCUCGGCCGCGCCGCUCUCAGACCUCGCGACCGCCGCCUGCACCUCAGCGCGCCCAGAGAUGAUGCUGUGGUGAUCUCUGGGAGGAAGCUGGCCCGGCAGAUCCGGCAGGAAGCCCGGCACGAGGUGGAGCAGUGGGUGGCAGCGGGGAACAAGAGGCCCCACCUGAGCGUGGUCCUGGUCGGGGACAACCCGGCCAGUCACUCCUACGUCCUCAACAAGACCAAGGCAGCGGCUGACGUGGGGAUCAGCAGUGAGACCAUCCUCAGACCAGCUUCCAUCACUGAGGAGGAGCUGCUGGAUUUGAUCAGCAAACUCAACAACGAUGCAAACGUGGAUGGGCUGUUGGUGCAGCUCCCUCUGCCUGGACACAUCGACGAGCGCAGGGUCUGCAACGCCGUCAGCCCCGACAAGGACGUCGACGGGUUCCACGUCAUCAACGUGGGCAGGCUGUGCCUGGACCAGGACUCCAUGUUACCUGCAACCCCCUGGGGCGUCUGGGAGAUCAUCAAGAGAACUGGUAAGGUCACCAAGAGAGCUGGGAAGAUCAUCAAGAGAACGGGGAAGAGCUGCUCUGCUCCUGCAGGAUGGGGCUCCUGUCCAGCAAAAUUCCAGCUGAUGUCUGGUUUAAGAUUCCCAGCUGGACAACUGUGUUGUGUGGUGGGUGAGGAACUGGCUCAUGGGUUGGGCACAAA